AUGCUGAUGGUGGUCGUGGUUGUCGUGGUGGUCGUCGUCGUGGUCUACGUUUACCAUGAUGUACCGGUGAUGGUGGUUGUGGUAGUGAAGGUGGUUGAAGGUAUCACUGCUAUCCUGUUCGUAUCCUUCCGCUCUUGCCUGUCUGGCAGGACGGACGAGCUGAAAAAGGCUGGUUGGAAGGAGCACCAAACAGCAGAGCCCACGCUGCACGAGGGCACCUCCCUGCGCUUGUUUUUCGACGACCUCUGCUGUGAGAUCACCUUCAGCACGGUGUUCGAAGCCGGCGAGUAUUUGAGCGAGGCCGCAGCUUUGUGGAAGAAGAAGUCUGCCCCCAAAAACGCACCGAUCAAGGCUCCGGAGGUCCUGCCAAAGCCUGCACCCGAACCUCCCAGGAAGAAGCAAAAGAUCGACGACGACGGCUUCGAGCGUGGCAAAGUAGCCAACCGAUGGUCAGCCACUCGGCCCAAGAAGAAGAUCGUAGAGCAAAUAAUGCCCCUCUCUGCAGACCAAGUCGCUGAGUCGCUGAGCUACAAGCUGGCCGUCCUGGAUUCCAAGGUGGUGACGAAGACCUCGGACGAUCGGCCCCUGCUGCGGCCGAGCCAGCCACUGCGGCGCAUGCAGCCACAGAGGAAUGCAGUUCUCCAGAGGAAAGUGUCCAAUCCGCUGCAGGACUCCUCCGUCUACCACGGCUACCGAUCCUCCUUAGCUUUCGGGCUACAGAACUUAGGCAACACGUGCUACCUCAAUGCGGUCACCCAGGCCGUAGGAGCAUCUCGCGAGUUUGUCGGAGAGCUAACGUCCAUGGCAACGAGAUGGCCUCAUUGUACUAGCGGCCCGCUCUUCAAGUGCAGCGUUGACAUCCUGCAGCGCUUGCAGGCGACGCAAAAUGCACCGCUGAGCCCUGCCAAGCUUCGAGAGCAGAUCGCCAUCGCCGCGCCAAUGUUCAGAGGUAGCGGCCAGCAAGAUGCCCACGAGUUCUUCUUGGAGUACAUCAACCAGCUUCACGACGAGCUCUUGAGGGGUCACAAGGACUGGCUGGCCCGGACUUCGGCGGAGGAUGAAGAACCGGUGCUUGCCACACAGAACCACUUCGAUGCGGAGCUGCUAAAGCAAUUGACGUGCACGCAGUGCGGGAAGCCUCGGCAGGUGACAGAGCGUUUCCGAGACUUCUCCUUGGACUUCCGCACUUCCCUCAGCCAGCAUCCGGGAGAGCUUCCGGGGUCGGUUGCUGGUCUUUAUCGAGGCACUGACGUCAACCCGCUCUCCAUCGAGGCCAUGUUUCGCAGCUACUUCGACGCAGAGACGGUCGAGGCGAAAUGCGAGCACUGCGAAGCUACGUCGGCCCUGCUGGAGACGCAGCUUUCGGAGGCCCCCCGGCUCUUGGUGUUGCACCUCAAGCGCUUCGUUCCGAACAUGGAGCAGCAACGCUACGAGAAGCAGCAUCAAUCCGUCCAGAUCCCCUACAUGUUGGAUGUGGAAAACAUCCUUGGCAAGGGCAGCGCCGCAGGCGUGUCGCCGGCACGACUCCCAGCGAGACCUCUGGCCUCCACUGCCACGCCCGGUGCCGGAGCUCCGGGCUCCGAGGCCGAGCCGGCAGAGGGGCCCGUGUACAAGCUCCGUGCCAUCGUCUCACACGAAGGGGCAUCGCCAAGGUCUGGGCACUACGUCUGCUUCGCGGAGUUCGCAACAGGGGAGUGGUUCCUCUUUGAUGACUCCCGCGUCAAGCAGUUUGCUGCCGGCGAGGAGCCAUGGACAACCCUGGGAAGCAAAGCAUACAUGCUGCCGCUUGAGCAGCACCCAGUUCAUGCAUAG